AUUUAUGCGACUAAGCAGACACUUACGUAACGUCUUCUCUAGGACCUGAACAACACUAGGUUAUCAUACGACACUCCGCCACACUACCUGCCCAACUAUGAUGUGGCUUGUAGUAAUAGCAAUAGUGCUAGCGCUGGUCUAUUGGUACGGGAUGUGCAAUUAUUCCCUCGUUUCUCAUCUGCAAGGCCCUGAACCAUACCCGUUCAUAGGUAACAUCCCAGACAUCAUCAAGAAUGGAACAUUACAUAAGACGAUCCACAAGUUUUACAAACGCUACGGUCGUGUUUAUAAAUUCUGCAUUGGUCGAACUCCAACAAUCAUCGUGAAUGAUCCGGAGAUUGCAAGGCAAAUUCUCGUGAAGCAAUCGGACAAGUUCCCUGAUCGGCCAUUGUUUGUGAAAUCUGCUCCACCAAUGGAUAAGAAUAUGUUUGUUGUGCGCGGUGCGACAUGGAAGCGUAUUCGCACGAUUCUAACACCGACCUUUAGCUCAUCAAAACUGAAGCAGCUGGUCCCUAUCAUAGAAAGCUCGUCAAAUAUUUUGAGUGAUAUCAUCGAGAAACACGCUUCUAAAGGCAAGAGCGUCGACUGCUACCGACUCUUUGCCAUUUUUGCGCUCGACGUCAUUAUGAAGUCGGCAUUUGGCUACGAGACAGACGUGCAAUCCAACCCAGACGAUGAGCUGAUCCGACGAGGGCGAGAAGUGUUCAAGAUCCCGCUAUGGAAGCGCGCAUUUUCCAUGUUUCCAUUCGCCGACAGAAUAAGCACUCUUUUGAAAUUGAACGCGGUGCAGAAUACCGAUUACUUUCUACGGAUGGCGCUUGAUAUGAUCCAUUCAAGGCAGGUUAAGGGCACGACGGGGCGGCGAGACCUGUUGCAGCUUAUGCUUGAAGCUCAUGAUAGCACUGUAAAUGGCGCGUCCAAGUUAUCGGACGAGGAGCUUGCGGUACAGGCAACGGUCUUCUUGAUCGCGGGAUUCGAGACGACAGGGAAUACACUAUCCUACACAGCCUACUACCUCGCAACGCACCCUGACAUCCAAGACAGAUUGCUGGAAGAGCUUGAUAAGGCGCACGACAACCGCGGGGACACGUCGUUGUAUGAUUUCUGCCUCAGUCAUGAGUACCUUGACCGUGUCUUGUGCGAAGUGCUGCGACUAUGUCCUCCUGCCUUUAUGCAUCUUCGCCACUGCGAUCAAGAUUGCGUCAUUGAAGGUAUACACUUCCCAAAGGGGGUCGACGUGAGCGUCGCCGCUUGGAAUUUGCACCGUGACCCAGAAGCAUGGGAGUACCCAGAGGAAUUCUACCCGGACCACUUCACACCUGAAGCUAAGCUAAAGCGCCAUGCCUUCUCGUACGAGCCGUUUAGCAUGGGGCCACGACAGUGCAUCGGGAUGAGGUUUGCUCUGACUGAGUUAAAGAUCUGCCUGGUCACCAUCUUGAAGAAGUUUAAGCUGGAGCGUGCGCCGGACACGGCACCGCUGGACCUCGAAGGUGCGUUACUUCUGCAGCCAACGCAGCCAAUCAUGUUGAGGAUACGUAAAAGGUGAUUCAAAAUGGGCCAUUUAAGAGCCAUCAUUGAGGGGAAUCCAGAGGGACAUUACUGAUGUUUAUGUCGAAGAAGAACAGACAUUAAUCGAGAGUUAUACUGCUCGAGUAGCUUUAGGCAUCUGUAUUCUCUGUAUAUAGAUUUUAAGGCCACAUCCUUUAUCACCAAUACGUCAUGCUUAACAGCUUCCUGUAAUCAUUUUAUGGCACUAUUCAGCUUAAACGUAUAAGACUUACACAGCCAAUAAGCUUCCUGAGGAACGCAAAAAUUAACCCGGAAUGUAACAUUCCUGUUUCCUGCUUGACUUUCAAUUACCUACUUUUAUUAUUGCAUUGCCGGUAAAAUGCUAAGUGCAAUGAUGUUUACUGGCUUUUUAUAUAACUAAUCACAAAAAAACGAUCUGUUAAGCACGUUUAACUUUUAACUUCGGAAAAGUGAACAAUAAAUUUAAAAGAAAAA